CCUGAAACCGUCCCUCGGAGAAGACCUGCUCCAAGUCUACCCCUACACUAUGAUUCGAAGUUUGCAAGCUCGCUAGCUUAAUGGCUCCAGGUCAUUCCUAUACAAAAGAGUUCAGGAGCUCACUCCCACCUGGCCUGCACGUCGAGCUGCAUCGAUCUCUACCUGCCAAACGAGCAUGGAUGAAGAUAUUGAGCAGCCCCUGGGGUUUGGAUGCAGAAUUUAAUGCGGGACAUGAUUCCGUGGUUGUCCAGGGUUGAGCAUCGAAGGGGGAUCGUCCCACCAUGGAGUUGGACGUGGAUCAGCCGGAGAGAACCCCGCACUGGACCUGGUGAAGUCAGAAUCAGACCGGAUGAAAACCUUUUACCAGACCGUCCUGUCGGCCAUCAUGGCGUUCAUCAUGGCGGCGCUAUCAAACUACAAGGACAUGAAGCCCCUUUCCUCGAUCACAAGCCACAACAAAGCUCACCUCAGCAACCUCCUCGUCGCCGAGGGCCUCUUCAUAUUCAUGACCUUCUUGUGCGCCGUGGUCCUAGUGAUGCUGAUCUUCGUGUACCAGAAUGGCCGGCGAGGCCGUGCCUGGUGCAGGGUUCUCAUCAUCCUCAUCGCGGUCACCGGCAUGAUGCUAAUCGUGGCCAACACAAUCCUCCUCGUCGUCACCAACAGAAACAAUACGGUGCUCUCAGUUAUUCUCGCGCCGGCGACGGUGCUUGUCAGUUUGGCCGGGAGCUCCGGAGCAUGUAUGGGGGAGCAACCCACCUCGACGCUUGGCAGCAGGUACGACGAGGCUAUGAAGCGCGCCUUUGAUACGGCCACCGUUGGCACUAUUGUCUCCUUCACUCUUCAGGGGACCGUCGUCUUCGGCUACCUCAAAACCCCUGGCAGGAAUCAGGGCAAACAUGACCCGCCGCUGGACCUCGCCGCGUGCUACGUCGCCUCGACGGUCUCCCUGGCCGUGAUGAUGGUCUGCGCCAUGCCGCUGGCGCUUCUCCCGGACGGCAUGUUGGACGUUCUCAUCACAAUCGUCGAGAGGCUCAGGCACGCCGUGCUCGCCUCGCUGGCGAUGGUGGCGCUAGUCGUCUCGGUGGAGUUCCUGGACGGCUUCGUCGUGCUCUCCAUCUUCCCUGAUGCCAUCGCGAUGGUCCUGUACUACGCCGUGAAGUUAUUCUCGGCAUGUCAGCCCCACGAGGAGAACUCGCCGCUUGACUUCGCCUUCCGGAUUGUUGCCACCGCGGGAUUCACACUAAUGACCGGGCUCUACGCGGCUUUCCUGGGGAUCGAUCACUACAACGUCUACCUGAAGACAGCCAUGUUCAUCCUAUUGCUUGCAGUUCUGUCAAGCUUGAGCCGUUUGGCAAUCCCGGUUGACAUGCCUGAGAUGGGAGGAGCCGUCGAGAUCGGCAUUGCUGGCGUCGCCCUCGCCUUCCCCCUGCUAGCGCUUCUUGCUGCCAUUCCACUGGUGCUCAAGGUCUUAGUUGACCAUUUCGUCAAUCGCUAGUUUUGUCAGUGUUUGAGGGUGCUACGAAUUCUUUCUGUCGCUGGUCUUCUGUAUAGUGUAUACUAGUAGGCCGUUUGAUUACUUCAUUUGAUACGAAGUCCAGUGUAUCCUUCUGUAGCACCAGUAUCAAUGUACCCACAUCAUGGAGCUUCACUUUUCAAGCCCUCUUCCAUAAAGGCAACUCUUUGGCUUA